AUGGCUCGAGCAAUUGGAAUUGAUUUAGGAAGUACAUAUUCGUGUUUCGGUGUCUUUCAACAUGGCAAAGUUGAAAUUAUUGCCAAUGAUCAGGGCAAUCGAACAACGCCCACUUAUGUUGCAUUCACAGAUAGUGAACGAUUAAUUAGUGAUGCAGCCAAAAAUCAAGUAUCUAUGAAUCCAAACAAUACCAUCUUUGAUGCUAAACGACUGAUUGGAAGAAAAUUUGAUGAUUCAACCGUUCAAGCUGAUAUAAAAUAUUGGCCAUUCAAAGUUAUCAGCGAAGGUGGUAAACCGAAAAUUCAAGUUGAAUACAAAAAUGAAAUAAAAUCAUUUACACCAGAAGAAAUAUCGUCGAUGGAAAAAAAAACUUGCGAUGCUGUUAUCACCGUACCUGCCUAUUUUAAUGAUUCGCAACGUCAAGCAACAAAAGACGCUAGAGUUAUUGCUGACCUCAAUGUUCUUCGUAUUAUAAACGAACCAACGGCUGCUGCCAUCGCCUAUGGUUUGGAUAAAAAAGUUACUGCUGAACAUAACAUCUUGAUUUUUGAUUUGGAAGGCGGUACAUUCGAUGUCAGUAUAUUGAAAAUUGAGGAAGGAAUAUUCGAAGUGAAGUCAACAGCUGGUGACACUCAUUUAGGAGGAGAAGAUUUUGAUAAUCGAAUGGUUUCACAUUUUGUUCAAGAAUUUAAACGAAAGAGUAACAAAGAUAUAUCACAGAAUAAACGUGGACUUCGUCGAUUAAGAACAGCAUGUGAACGUGCGAAGAUUGAUUCCUUGCAUGAUUUCUAUUCUAACAUCACACGUGCGCGAUUUGAAGAACUAAAUGCUGAUUUAUUCCGUUCUACAUUGGAACCAGUUGAAAAAUCCUUACGUGAUGCUAAAAUGGAUAAAUCACAUAUACAUGAAAUCGUAUUGGUUGGGGAUUCGACACGUAUUCCAAACGUACAAAAAUUAUUACAGGAUUUCUUCAACGGCAAAGAGUUGAAUAAAUCAAUCAAUCCGGACGAAGCCGUUGCUUAUGGUGCUGCUGUCCAAGCCGCCAUUUUGACUGGCGAUAAAUCCGAAGAAAUCAAAGAAGUUUUGCUACUGGAUGUUGCCCCGUUAUCACUAGGUAUUGAAACUGCCGGUGGUGUAAUGACUUCAUUAAUCAAGCGAAAUACAACAAUUCCAACAAAACAAACACAAACAUUCACCACCUAUUCAGAUAAUCAACCGGGUGUCGAUAUCAAAGUAUUUGAAGGCGAACGAUCCAUGACAAAAGACAAUCAUUUACUUGGAAAUGUUGUGUUAUCUGGCAUUCCACCCGCACCACGUGGUGUCCCACAAAUUGAAGUUACAUUUGAUAUUGAUGCUAAUGGUAUAUUGAAUGUAUCAGCUGUGGACAAAUCGACUGGACGUGUAAAUAAAAUUACCAUUACGAAUGAUAAAGGUCGCUUAUCAAAAGAUGAAAUUGAACGUAUGGUUUCUGAUGCUGAAAAACAUAAAAAGGAAGAUGGAGUACAACGUGAUCGUAUUACAGCUAUAAAUGGUUUAGAAACAUAUUGUUUCAAUAUGAAAACAGCCAUGAGCGAUGAUAAAUUAGCAGGAAAAAUUAGUGAUGAUGAUAAAGCAAAAGUAACAUCGACCAUCGAUGACACAUUAAAUGGUGAAGGUGGAGCAGCUGAAUCAAGAGGUGGCAAAGACAGUGGACCAACAAUCGAAGAAGUUGAUUAA